AUGCGCAAUCCUCCUCUCUCGGAGCCAGAUGAUCACAUGCUGGCAGCCAUGUUCAGCGGCCGAAUGCCCAUCGAGGCAGACAAGAAAGGGUUUGUGGUGAUUGACCGUGACGGGCGGUACUUCCACUACAUCCUCAACCACCUUCGCGACGGCUCCGUGCCACUGCCGACACAGCAGGCGGAGCUGGAGGCCCUGCUUGUCGAGGCCAAAUACUUUCUCCUCGCCGACCUGCAGCGUGAGGUGGAGGCAAAGCUAUGCGAGUGCGUGCUCACAACGUGCGCAGUACCCAUGGUGGUGUCUGAGGAGCACGACGCAAAGCUCGUGCAGCUGACGGGGACGGGCCUGCCCCUCGUCAAGCUUUCGUGCAACCGCAGCAUGAACCGGUUCUCGUACACGGCGACGGCUACGGAGGCCUUUUUGCGGCACAUUGAGCUGUUUGACAAGCUAGCGUCCAAGUUUCACGGGCGCAUCCUGUACGCGAAGGACGUCAGCGGACGCAACGGGCGGAUAUGCACGUGGUCGUUCUUUGGCAAAGGCCGCUUCAUCACAGAGGUCAACUGCGCCUCCAUUGUCUACGCGCCAGACAGGCGGCAGACAAAGAUUGAGUUCCCAGAGGCAAGGCUAUACGAAGAAAACAUGAACAUGCUGCUGUAUGAGCCUGGACGGCCUGACCCGGCAGAAACCCUUCCGCGCUGUAUCGAAUCCCCAGACCCAACAAAGAGAUAGUGGUACACUCGCGUGCAUACACGUACAGGAAGGCUGCACCUUUUGGCAUGAUGGCACCGCUUCCACUCCUCCUUAUUGCUGCUUGUUGUUGAUUUCUCGUGGUGUGGAGCACUUGUUGGUGGGUGGGUUAUGUGUCGUCUAUUGGUACGUCGGCAACAACACGCACACACUGCAGAAGUAAACUUGUAAACGAACGAAACACAA